AUGGCCGUGCACGCCCGCCGCCUGUGUCACAUCGCCUUCCAAGUGGCGGCCGGGCAGCCCCUAGCCCGGGAUCUGCAGUGCCUCUUUGGCUUCCAGACCCUGGCGGUGCGGGAAGCACGUGGCUGGCGGCAACUGGCCCUACGCAGCGGAGACGCCGUCUUUUUGGUGAAUGAGGGUGCGGGACCCGGGGAGCCGCUGUACGGUCUAGACCCACAUCAUGCUGUGCCCAGCGCCACGAACUUGUGUUUCGAUGUGGACGAUGCGAGCACAGCCGCCCAAGUGCUGGCGUCCCGGGGCUGUCGUGUGCCGGUGCCCCCAGUUAUCGUGCGGGAUGCUCAGGGCGCCGCCACCUACGCUGUGGUCAGCUCGCCGGCUGGCAACCUCAGCCUGACGUUGCUGGAGCGUGCCGGCUAUCAAGGGCCCUUCCUACCGGGCUUCGGACCGGUGCCCUCCAAGCCCGAAGCAGGUUGGGUCAGCCACGUGGACCACUUGACCUUGGCUUGCACCCCCGGCAGCUCCCCAACACUUAGGCGCUGGUUCCAGGACUGCCUGGGCUUUCACCACUUGCCGUUGAACCCAGGGGAGGAUCCCGAGCUGGGCCUCGAAGUGGUAGCUGAGUCGGGGAAUGGGGGGCUGCGGCUCAUGGCCCUGCAGACUCCACCCGGCAGCAUUGUCCCCACCCUUGUGCUGGCCGAGUCUCUGCCGGGGGCUACCUAUAGACAGGACCAGGUGGAGCAGUUUCUGGUUCGGCACAGGGGGCCGGGCCUGCAGCACGUAGGACUGUAUACGCCCAACAUCAUGGAGGCCAGUGAGGGUAUGGCUUUGGCCGGAGGCCGGCUCCUGACACCUCCGGAAGCAUACUACCAGCAGCCAGGCAAAGAAAAGCAGAUCCUAGCUGCGGGGCUCAAACCUGGCGUUCUGGCCCGACAGGGAAUACUGCUAGAUGGAGAUAAAGGCAAGUUUCUGCUUCAGGUCUUCACCAAGUCCCUCUUUGCUGAGGAUACCUUCUUCUUGGAGCUGAUUCAGAGGCAAGGGGCCACAGGGUUUGGCCAGGACAACAUUCGAGCACUGUGGCAAUCCAUACAAGAGGAAGCUGCCAGGAGCCAGAAAGCCUGAGGACAGCCAGAGCUAGAUGCAGCCACUUUCUUGUAGCCUGAGACACACUCAGAGGAGGCCCAGCUAUUGAAAUGCAAUACCCUCAGAGGCCAGGUGUGCCCCGCUUCUCCUUAGUACCUGCCAGGAGUUAAGUCUUACUGGGCUCCAAAGAAGUGUUGUUUUUUGUUUGUUUGUUUAAGUAUAAAACAUUUCUUACAAUUUAAUAUCUAAUACAUACACAAGAUACAAAGAACAAUAAAAAAAUUACAUGAUUAGGUCACAGACAUAA